GCCGUGCGGCUGCAGUGGGGUCGCAGCCCCCUGUCUGAAUUGCUCUGAAGGCGGAGGGUGUGGGCCUGGGGAGGGCUGUGGGUGUGUGGCCCUCGUCCCCACCCCAAUGGAGGCUGCUGGGGUGGCCCCUAUCAGAGCCCAGUACCUCUCUACAAAAGAGAAGUUCCACACGUACCUUGAUCGGGAAGGGGAGGUGACGAACGAGAAAGAUGGCGACACGCUAACUGCAGAGGACAGUGCAGAGAACAAUACCGGCGGAGGCUUGAAUGAGCCUCCUGCCAAACUGCAGAAGCUGGGGGAAGAUGGAAGCAACACAGAAGAAAAGAGCCUACCAGAAGAGGAAAGCAGAACUGCAAAGGAGCCUCGGGGCCAAAAAAGGGCCCGGGGGCAGAAUAAGGGCCGCCCUUGCAUGAAGCCGACUCACUACGAGAAGAACCGCCUCUGCCCAUCAGUCGUCCAGGAACGGGCCGAAAAGUGCUUCUUUGGCUCACGCUGCCGUUUCCUACACAGCGUCAAAGAAUAUAUGGCCACCAAGCCACCGGACCUCGGAGACAGCUGCAUACUCUUCCAGAUGUUCGGCAGGUGCAUGUAUGGGGUCACCUGCCGGUUUGCUGCAGCCCACCUGGGCAAGGACUACGAGAACGUAAUCAACGAAGGCCUUUUGAAGCAGCGGGAAGGGAAGCCGCCAGCCGUGAGGAACAGCCUCGACAAAGACCUCCAGCAGCAGCUGCGCAAGAAGAAGUUUCCUUUCGACAAGUCCAACCAGUACCUCGGCCGCUUAGCUAAGCCCAACCAUGCGAAGGGCGCUGGGAGCCAAGCCGCGGUCGCACAUCCCACCGUGGGGAGAGAGGCCGCAGACUCUUCCGGCUCCCCAGGAAGUGUGGAUCUCAAAGCUGCAGGAGAAGAGGUGGCAAAGGUUGGUUCUUCGUCGCCAGAAGCAGGUCCCACGGUGGAGGAACCGGAGAGUGCAAGUCAGCCGCUGGCCGCAAUGGAAUCCGCACUCAAAACGUCUGGGGUUGUGACAGAUGAAGAUCUUGUGAAACUCAGACCGUGUGAGAAGAGAAAGCUGGAUCUCCGCGAGAAGCUUUAUUUAGCUCCUUUAACAACGUGCGGUAACCUUCCUUUCCGAAGAAUCUGCAAGCGCUUUGGGGCGGACGUCACCUGCGGCGAGAUGGCCGUUUGCACGAACCUGCUCCAGGGGCAGUCGUCCGAGUGGGCGUUGCUGAAACGACACCACACAGAGGAUCUCUUUGGCGUUCAGCUGGAAGGAGCGUUCCCAGACACCAUGACCAAGUGCGCAGAGCUUCUCAACCGGACCAUCGAAGUGGACUUUGUGGACGUCAACGUGGGCUGCCCUAUCGACCUCAUCUAUAACAAGGGAGGAGGAUGUGGCUUAAUGAACCGCCCCAACAAGUUCGAGCAGAUUGUCCGAGGCAUGAACUAUGUGCUAGAUGUUCCCUUGACCGUGAAGAUCCGGACCGGGGUGCAAGAGAAAACCAACCUGGCUCACAAACUAAUUCCCAGCAUCCGGGAGUGGGGUGCCUCUAUGGUCACGCUUCAUGGCCGGUCGAGAGAGCAGCGGUACACAAAGGCGGCAAACUGGGAAUAUAUAGCAGAGUGUGCGAAAAUUGCCAGUCCGAUGCCUCUUUUCGGGAACGGAGAUAUCUUGUCUUUCGAAGAUGCCAAUCAAGCCAUGCAGAGUGGAGUUUCGGGAAUCAUGAUUGCUCGGGGAGCGCUGAUCAAGCCCUGGAUCUUCACUGAAAUCAAAGAGCAGCGGCACUGGGACAUCUCGUCGGGAGAGAGGCUCGACAUCCUCAGGGACUUCACCAACUACGGCUUGGAGCAUUGGGGAUCGGACACACAGGGAGUGGAGAAAACCAGGAAGUUUCUGCUGGAGUGGCUCUCCUUUCUCUGCAGGUACAUUCCAGCCGGCUUACUGGAGCGCUUGCCUCAGAGGAUUAAUGAAAGACCCCCUUACUACAUGGGCCGGGACUAUUUGGAGACCUUAAUGGCAAGCCAGAACGUGGGUGACUGGAUUAAGAUCAGUGAGAUGCUUCUGGGUCCCGUUCCUGCCAGCUUCACUUUCCUUCCAAAACACAAGGCAAAUUCUUACAAGUAGGAGGACCGUCAUCGUCGGGACAAGAUUGGGGGG